AUUGUCUCCAAGUCGACGAAAAGGCAAUACGUGACGCAGUUACUCUUUCUGCGUCUCUGCAUCGGACUCAUCGACGAUCACGGUAAAUAUCACUCCCUUCUGUCCCUAUUGGCUGCGGCAUGUUGUGGCUCGGGGCAGCCUCGAGUGAGGCUUCAUGGCUGGCAGACUACUACAUCCGAGUUAUUUCAUGCUCGACAGCCUAUCUUCCAUAUUGGUCCGAUAUCUUUCAUAUAUUCAUAAGUUUUUCUCUCUUCUACCCAACAAGUUCUCGUCUCGCCGCCUGAUCCGUUCAUUGCUCUCUUCUCCCAGCCUUACGAUACUGUUCUGCGACAUCGACAGCAUGGCAGAAGUCCUGGGCGUAGUGGCUAGUGGAAUAGCAGUUGGUCAAAUCGCUGGCCAAAUUACAGGGAGCAUUAUCAAACUUAAGGGAUAUUGGAGCCAGAUCAAAGAGGCACCUGCCGAGAUCAGCCACCUCUUUCGAGAAAUCGAGUCCUUCACUGUCAUGCUACAGCACAUGCAAGACGACCGAUCACAGCAAUCAAAUCUACCGUCUUCAAUACAUAACAUCUGCAUUCAAAGGAGUUUGGAUUUGUGCCAAGAAUGCGCGACGGAGUUGGCUGGCUUGGUCCAUGAUUUGGCUAUAAAAGUACAAGGGAAGAAUGGCUGGAGGAAAAAGGUGGGAUCUACUAAAGUCGUGCUGAGAAAAGAGGACAUCAAGAUUCUGAAGCGAAGAUUAAAGACUGCAAUGGGAAUGCUUUCACUGUCCUAUCAAUUUCAUACCAGUGCAAUGAUACAACUCCAGCCAGACAUCAUCAUGACGAGAAUCGCAAAUCACCUCACCACAUCGCAAGUCCUCAAACCUUCAGUACGCGGAGAGCAGCCACAAGAGAAUAGCACAGAGGAGACAUGCUAUUCAGGUUCGAGAAAUCUGGUUGCAACACAGUAUGACAGCUGGACAAACUCUGUCCCGUGGAUGAAUAUCGUCUUGGGGCAUUUUCAAUAUUAUCACAGACAACACAUGCGGCGAGGAAAAUGGCAGGAGACUAUUUACGCCACGUAUAGAUUACCCCAACUGCUUUCAUACUAUCAGUUUGCUCUCUGGGCAAUUCAUCCCUUGUCAGGGUGGUGGUUCAGGUUCGAUGUCCAUCGAAGCGUGCCACAGAAUAAUCCAUUCUUCCUGGCUAUCAAGGGCGGUGAUCUAGCAGUUGUUUAGAAGCUCAUAAGAGAAAGAAAAGCAUUCGUCACAGACAGAGUACACGUUCGUUACGACUACAGCGGGGAGUAUACUUCCUACGAAACUACAGGUCUUCAUAUGGCAGCACAAGCUG